CCCUGGGAGUGAGCAUCGGGCUGGGAGGCGAGCUCCUCCAGCUGUCCGUUCUUUAAAAUAAACAUAUUUAAAAUGUCAUCUUUUUGCACUUGUAAGGGUGGCAGUGGCGCCAGUCAGGCUGAAUAAUGGGAUGGGUGUUUGCUGGGGGCUAGCGCCAUGAUUCGAUAUGCUGCUGGAGCUGGCAGACUGGGAGCAGAGGAGGGCUGGCUCACCCAGCAGAUCUUUAAACACUGGCGCUGCAGAUGCUCCACGGGAUGAGCUGCGCAUGUAGUGGUCCUGCGUGGAGCGGCUGUGCAGACAGCAGGGAGACACUAUCAGCUGAACCUCAAACGUAGUGCUAUCGCUGCUGUGGUGUUCCUCCGAUCUCCUGCCUUUCCCAUGACGAUUUCCCAGUGUUUGCAUUAUGGAUUUGAACGUGGGCACCCAGCCACACACUGUGACCAAGUCAGAGAUCCCAGACCAUGUUCUUUACACAGUAGGGACAUGCGUUCUUGUUAUUGGCUGCAUUGGCAUCAUAGGAAACCUCCUAGUUCUCUAUGCAUUUUACAGCAAUAAGAAGCUGAGGACACCCCAGAACUUCUUUAUAAUGAAUUUGGCUGUGAGUGACUUCCUGAUGUCAGCUUCUCAGGCCCCCAUAUGCUUUAUCAACAGCUUGCACAGAGAGUGGAUCCUUGGAGAUAUAGGUUGUGACUUGUAUGCUUUCUGCGGGGCACUCUUUGGAAUAACCUCGAUGAUGACUCUGUUAGCUAUUUCUGUUGACCGCUAUUUGGUGAUCACCAAGCCCCUGCGCUCCAUCCAGUGGACCUCCAAGAAGCGCACCAUGCAAAUCAUUGCUGCUGUGUGGCUGUACUCGCUGGGGUGGAGCGUGGCCCCACUCCUUGGGUGGAGUUCCUAUGUGCCUGAGGGCUUGAUGAUAUCCUGUACAUGGGACUACGUAACCUACUCCCCUGCAAACAGAAGCUACACCAUGAUUUUAUGCUGCUGUGUAUUUUUUAUUCCCCUGAUAAUAAUACUCCAUUGCUAUUUAUUUAUGUUCUUGGCCAUAAGAAGUACUGGCAGAGAUGUCCAAAAGCUCGGGUCCUGCAGCCGCAAAUCCUUCCUCUCUCAGUCCAUGAAGAAUGAAUGGAAACUGGCAAAAAUUGCAUUUGUGGUCAUCAUUGUGUAUGUCUUGUCCUGGUCUCCAUACGCUUGUGUCACUUUGAUUGCCUGGGCAGGCCGAGGAAAUACUCUAACGCCGUAUUCCAAAUCUGUGCCAGCUGUUAUUGCUAAAGCCUCUGCGAUCUACAACCCCAUCAUAUAUGCAAUAAUUCACCCAAGAUACAGGAAAACCAUCCACAAUGCUGUUCCCUGCCUGAGGUUCCUAAUACGAAUAUCAAAGAAUGAUCUCCUGAGGGGCUCCAUAAAUGAAUCAUCAUUCAGGACCUCUUUCUCUAGCCACCAGUCUGUUGCUGGAAGGACCAAGAACACUUGUGUUUCAUCAGUUUCCACUGGAGAAGCUAACUGGAGCGAUGUAGAGCUUGACCCUGUAGAGUCAGCUCAUGAGAAACUGCAGCCUCGCCGAAGUCAUUCUUUCUCAGAAAGUCUGAGACAGGAGAAGAGAGACCUGCUCCCAGAGACUUAUAGCUGCAGUGAAGAAACUGAAGAAAAGGUUUCGCUGUCAUCCAGCUGCCUGGAGAAGCUGCUGGGGCGGUCAGCACUCCCCAGCUCCCCCAUAGCACUCGUGACCAGCUCCCUCCGAGCAGCCUCUCUGCCCGUUGGUUUGAACAGCAGCAGUGUCAGCAGAGGAGGAAGCUCAGAUACCUCACAGAUGGAAACUCAAGAAAGUCAUAAUAACAGAGGCCUGAACUCUAUCAUUAGCAAUACAGUCCCUCGCAUCAUUGUCAUUCCUACCUCAGAGACAAACCUAUUUCAAGAGGAACCUGAAGAGGAAGAGACUGAAUUAUUCCACUUUCAUGACAAAAAGAACAAUCUGCUGGAUUUGGAAGGGCUUAGCUCAUCUACGGAGUUCCUCGAAGCUGUUGAGAAAUUUCUGUCAUAAGCGCAUCAAAAGGAAACUUUCUGGCUAUUAUUUUCUUGGCAUCUUCUCCCCUUAAUUAUACCAAAUAACUGAAGCCUUGUAGGUUAGAUCAUCAGGCUUUUUGUAUGUCUAUAUGGUAGUCACUAGGCAGCCUUCAGAUUUAUCUUUGCCCAGACCAGUUCAGGCAUGGAAACAAGCUUUCUUUCAGAUCUAGCAGUGGAAGAUCUGGCAGCAGGAUCAAGCGGCAUCAGUGGAGUUCGCUGCCGGCUUCAUGGGGCCCUGAAACUUGAUUUGCAACCACAAAUACCAGCAGGAGGAAAAAUAACUGAACAGAAGUAGGGGUAGCUGCUGAAUGUUUCUGCUACCUGCAUGUGAAACCACAUUCCUGUUUUGGCAGCUCUCUUCUGGAUGGUGAUGGUAAGCGCCACAAAACCACAGCUUUCCACCAGCCCCAGAGGUAAUAUGGCUAGAUGAUCGUACUAUCUUUGAAUCAAAUUAUUUAUAUAAACAUAUAAAUAUAAACAUAAAUACAUGGACUGAUCAUGUAGCUGGGAGGAGAUUGCUUGCGUAUAAACUUCAGUCAUAAAAUUUUGGAUUUUACCUCAGCAUUAAUGUAACCACCUGAAUGUUGAAAUGCAAGGUGCUAUGUGCUAAAACACAUAAUUCCACCUACAGAAGUAUUUAGAGCACCUUCAGAUUUUCAUUUUGGAUUAAAAUGUAUAUGAACCCUAAUGAAUCUGUGAUUAAAAGGAUGAACUUCCACAGCUGGCUUGACAAUUCUUUCAUGAGAAUAAAGCCUUAGCUGUUAUGUAUCACUUGUUUCUUCAGCAGAGAUUCUUCUCUUCUAAAACUUCACAGAUGGAUGUUUUCGGCAGGUCACUUACCAGAAGCCUUUGUGUGGCUAAGACAUCACCCUGGGGAGGCAGCCUCAGAAAACUGUAUUGUUUCCCAGGGGACCUGCAGUCACAUUGUUACUGUUGGUUAGCGUUUGUUUUGUCUGUUUCACCUUACAGCUCAGGCUUGCAAGACCCUCCUAGCAUUUUAUUCCUAAACACAUUUUUUCUUUAGUUCUUCAUUUUCCCUUUUAAAAACAUGUUCUCCGCUCUCUCCCUUUUCAUUUCCGAACGUCAAAUGUAGACAAGUUGUUCUUCGCAAAGAAUCGGGAUAUCUUGGGAGAAAGCAGGAGUUCCCCUGGUACCGGGUUUUCCUCCAGGACCAGGCCUCAGGACAGAACCAGCUGCAAUCAGCUCAAUACUUCGAAAGGCGAUUUCUCCACUGAGGACUGGCGCAGUCAGCAUGUGGCAUGGCACAGCAACUGGUGUGGGAUCUGCUCACCUGCAGCUUCUCAAGCCAGGCUGCUAUCCAAGCAUGUGGUUUGGGCCACAGAGAGUAACCAAAUGCUAAUCAGCGCUCCAUUCUUUGGAAAACAAGGGAGGCUUCAUCCUGGGCUACGUAUAGUUCUGCUAUCUCUGAUUAUUUUUCUGCUGGAUCUGUCCUUUCUGGUUCAUUAUCAUCCCUUUUUCCAACAUAACUACAUAGCCUGUGACCUUACUUGCAUUUUAUAUCCUCAGCUGCAGACAUCCCUUCUUCUCAAGCCAGAUGCUAGGAAGCAAAUGUACUUGCAGGCCUUCCAAGUCUUGUACCUGACUUUUACUGUUGUAAUUAACUCUAGAUAACAAUAACAAAGGCAUUCAGUGUUCCAAGACACAGAAAUAGGCCCCUGAGAAGAUUUUGCACUCUAAUGUUCAUGUACUUGUACUGGUAGGACUGUAAGCUGUUACCGCGCGAGAGCAACCCUGCAUAUUUUACCCUUGCACACUGAAACCAAAACCCUGGUCCUGGCCAAUCACUGCAUAUAGACACCAGUAUGGUGAACAGCAAAAUGGCGUUUAUUGUUAAGAGUUACAGAACUAUAUAGUGUAUCUUAUCUUUUACUAGACGGUUCCAGAAGCUCACGUGAGCUACUGGCCAAUCAUACUGAAUAUCACACGCUGUCCACGCGUUUCUGAAGACCAUAUAGGGAACGGUCAUGCACUUCCUUAUCUAGGAAAAAAGUGCCGCCUCUCCUUCUGACGACAUAAGUUCAUCUAAGUAGGUCAACGAAUAAGAAAAUGCCAUGGGGAAGGGCCUUUCACGUUACAUCCUGAGUGCCCCGCUUUACGCCUACUACAACAGUAAGCGGGAUAUUGCUGUGGUUUCCAAAGGGUUGAAGAGAGUAAGCUCUAAAGCAACAGCGAACAAAUUCCUCUGUAUCCAGAGUUUUGCUUUCUACUUCUUGGACUGCAGGAUGACGUUCUGGUGAUCUCUUGCAUAUGUGCUGAUACUAACCAUGUGUUUCAGGAAACUAAUGUGUUAUGUUAUCUCAUAUAAUUGAGAUAUGUGCAUUUCAUUUCUAUACCUCUAACACCAUUUACAAUUUCUACUAUUGCUUCUGAAGCUAAUGUCAAUAUUACUGUGUUCUUCAACUGAUGUAGACCAGAAUGCCAAAUGAGAUAGCAGUAGAAUGAUAAAACAUGAAAUUAUAUGCAACAUCAGACACAUUUAUUUCAGAAAGUCACAGCGUAAAUCGAUCUUAAAAUAGUGAAAACAAUGCAGAAGGAUCUUGUGUGCUUCUCUGUUGCCACAUUAGACUAGAUGGCACAUAAAAACGUCCAGUACUAACUGCUGCUUUUCAUUUCACAAGGGCAUGUAUUGAUUCACUCAAAUGGAAUAAAAAAUUCUUAGGAGUUAUAUUAAUUGUUUGUUUUUCUUAUUAAACAAUUAAGUUGAGGAAUGAGGCAGAGGAACAAAGAAGUUAACUCACAGCUUUUGAAGCCUGUGCCAUGUUACAGUGAAUAGUAAGGUACAUCUGCAACUUCAUUUACAUGAGCAGCUCUUUUCAAGCCACCUAGGCUACUCAUGAGCAACCAAGAACUUGCCCAAUUACAGCCAUAGCCUGGCAGUUUGGACAUCUAAAAUCAGAGCUCACUGACGAGAAAAUCUGAAGUUGCUCAGCAACUUUUGAAAUAAGAUUGUUUCAAUUGCCAUGUCAGAUAUCAGGCAACAUUAGAACUUUGACAGCAGCCUCUGAUCUUUGCAGCAAAUCUGGAUGACAAUAAGCCAGCCAUUGCUUGCUGCUGCUAAAUCUUUGUGUAGCACAGUUAUCGGAUAGGUUCCAAUUUUCACAAGUACCAGAAAGUUCAGACCACAAAUGUAAAUAUUUUCAUUUUCCAUAACUCGGUGAACGAUGUUUUUUUUUUUAAUAGCUAAAUAAAGGUUUUGAAUAAGAAAAAAGUUUACUUAUUUGAAACAUAAGGAGGCUUGCUGCCUUGAGUUGUUAUGAACAGGACCUAUAUUACUCGAUUACUGAAAGCUCAUUCAUGUCCCAAAUAUCCAUCCACUUGCCUCCUGUCAGAAGGCAGUACUGACCAAGCAAGCCCUUCCACUCUGCUGUCUGAAAAAGCCAGUGCUCUAAGGUGACAUGUGCCACACAAAGCUGAAAAACACCGUGGGGAGAAAUACCCUCUAUUUUAAUGUCUUUACUUUUUUUUUCUUUUAUACUUCUACCUAGUCUGAAAUUUUUUUGUUAUUUUUGUCUUGUUCUGUCAUAAAUAUGUGAAAGCUGGUGGCGAGCCAGCUUGGCUCAAGUACACUUGGGUGUACUUCUUGCAGCGUUUGGAGUGUUGCUGACUACUCAGCACCAGAUAUUCCGUUCAUGAACUGCACCCUGUUUGCAAGGACUAACACCUAGUCCCCGACCAUCCUGACGCGUGCACACACCAAUAUGAUGAGCGGCAAAAUGACGUUUAUUGCCUCGUUACAAAGUCUUAUAUAUCCUUCCUUAUCUCCCUUAUCUCUUUGUUCACUUCGUCUACACCCACAACCUCUGGGGCAGGGGAGGCGCUAGCGCGUCCCAUCUCGUACCUUCGGUUGCCGCCUACUACAGAGUGUGGGCUCCUUUCUUACUUGAGAACAGACAAAAACAGUGCCUCCGUUCAGCAAGUGUCAUGCAAGGCGAGGUUGAACAAGAUGGAAGCAUCUGAGAUGCAGCUGCCACUCCUCAGUCAUCUUGGGACAAGCUGGCAAUUAUUUCUUGCUUUGCACCUCAUUCAUAGCCUUGGUCUGUACAAUAAUGUUCUGGCUGCACACCUGGAAUGGGCAAGUAUUUAAGUGGCCAGUUUGGUGCUGGGCUGCUUAUGCUGUGCCUGUCACAUUUACCCGUGUAUUAAUACAUACAAUUAGGAUGCCUGAAGAAAGAACUGACUUGUUUUAUGAUGCAUCUGAGUUGCGCUUGUGUCUGCACACCAGUUGCACUUGUUAGUGCCACAGGUGAUAACAGGACAUGAAAAACUCACUGCAAAAUGUCAAAGCCAUCUCUACCAAUUCUCCCCUGUGCUAGCGUGGAGGACCGAUCUGCUUGUGGUCAGUCCUGGUGCCAAUACAUCAAGGUAUAAUUUCCUAAGAGAAAAAUUUCUUUGGGGCAUACAGGACUUACUUACAUUUUGAAACAUUUUUACUCCUUAUUUGGGGACAGGUAUCAUGUAACUAUUUUCAUUGUAAGAGUCAGGUGGUUCACCCUGAAGCAAAGCUUCAGAAGACCCAUGUCAUCCUCAGGACUGAUUGCUUCAGUAGAAUGCAAAUAAUUUCUUUAUUAAAAAAAAAUAAUAAUAACAAUUUCUUUCUCAGUGCACAAGUGACUGGCAGGAGCAAGCACAGAGCACAGAGCACAGAGCACAGAGCACAGAGACCCACCGAAGAGAUGCAGCAAAUUUCCUUACAAAAUCCAGCCAGUGAGUCAGUAACCACUUCUGAUUUGCCAAGGAAAGAAACAUAGCUGUGUGACUACUGGGCUCCAUUAUUUUAUUUUUUCUGCAAGCUUUAGUAGAAAAAUUGCCUAUUUCCUAAAGUAUUUUGCAAUGUGGAAAUAACUUUAGCUGCCUGGAAGAGCUGAUCCUGCAUUUUGUUGUAUUUCUCAUCAUCACUCUCCUAAAAUCGACAUAUCCCAGCAUCUGCAAGUUGAGCAGCUUUUCCUCAGAACGCCUUUGUUUUUGUGCUGGAUUUAUUUUUUCUCUGUGUGAUGUCUUUUCCUGGACAGUUUCUGAGCACUGCUGAAGGUGCCUGGCAGGUGGAUGUUCACAGCUGGGUUGUCAUGCCAUGCUUUGGUGCUGAUGACACACCAAGACAAAUGCUUGGGGGUGACAUUCUUCCUGUCCAGCAAUAAUUAGCAGCUAAGUUUUCCGAAGAAGAUCCCAUUGUCUUUUUUCCAUCUUGACUGCAGUGAGGUCUCCAAACGUGUGUAAGAGAAGAGUGGAAAUAGGAAAAUUGGAAGGGUGGUUUUAACCAGCCCAGGGAGUUUGCCUGUUUGAAUCAUAAUUCUACACAAGACUGUUUCAGAAAAUACUAUUUUGCUCUGCUGGAACGUUAUUGUUAUUAAAAUACUGAAAACUCAGCACAGGUUACUGAGAAAUCAGAAGUUUUAAUAACUCAAGAAAAAAGAGAGAAAUUCAGUUUGGAGCAGGAAUCAGUGGACUUGUCAU